AUGGCUUUAAACGAAGAACAAAUUUUGGAUUUAUUAAAUGAUGGAUACAACAGUGAUAUUGAUAUUCUGGAAGAAAACGACGAUUGCGACGAUGAAUUGGAAAUUCUUUUACAGAAUUUUGAAAACGACGAUUUGCUUGGGUAUUUAGAGGCACUUCGUGAAGAAGAAGAUCAACUACAAGUAAAUGAAGAUAUUGACGAAACGCAUGAAAUUACAGCGCCAAAUCAUACACCAGGUACAUUAGGACUUAAUUUUGUUCAAAAGAAAGACAUAGAGUGGAUAAACACACCUUGUAAUGCACCAAUAUUAGAACUUAAUGAUUUAGUUGUUGUCGACCCUCCAAUAGAUAUGCCAACGCCAAUUGAAUAUUUUAUGAAUAAUAAUUUUAAACCCACAAGUGCUACAGAAAUAAAAUCCCUAAUUGCUAUUCAAAUGAUAAUGGGUUGCUUGAAAUAUCCUAAAAAGGAAAUGUAUUGGACACGUAAAUAUCGUGUCAACAUUAUUGCGGACACAAUGACCAAAAACCGAUUUUUUUCUCUGAGACAACAUAUUCAUUUAAUUAACAAUUUGGAUAUACCUAGAAACAAUAAAGAUAAAUUUGUUAAGGUACGUCCUAUUUUUGACACUUUAAAUAUUCGCUGUCAACAAUUACCAGUUGAAAGAAACCUGUCAGUAGAUGAACAAAUUGUACCAUUUAAAGGGAAACUUUCAGUAAAGCAAUAUAUGAAAGGAAAACCAAAUCCUUGGGGGAUAAAAAUAUUUUUACUUUGUGGAGAAAGUGGAAUCGUGUACAACAUGAUUUUAUAUCAGGGAAUGUCAACUAAUAUAAAUGAAGAGCUACAGAAAAAUUUUGGUUUGGGUGGAGCUAUAGUAGUUUGCCUAACGCAAAAUAUUAGUGAAAAUCGACACUUUUUAUAUUUUGAUAACUUUUUUUCGUCUUAUAACCUUUUUUAUGCGUUACUACAAAAAAAAAUUUAUGCUGCCGGUACUGUAAGAUUGAACAGAUUUUUCAAACCGCCUAUGAUGCCUGAUAAACAAAUAUCAAAUUUAGGAAGAGGUACCUCAUUUGAAAUCACGUCAAAAUUAGGUAUAAGUUUGCUAAAAUGGUUUGACAAUAAACCAAUAAAUAUUGGAUCGAACUUCAUAACAUCAGGCACACCGGAAUACGUCAAACGGUGGGAUAAAAAAAAUAAAGAAUUUGUGCAUAUAGAAAGACCCGAAGUAAUAAAAUUAUAUAACAAAUCAAUGGGGGGUGUUGACAAGCAUGAUCAGCUAGUCAGCUACUAUAGAAUGCAUAUGAAAUCAAAGAAGUGGACACUUCGAAUGAUUUUUCAUGCAUUCGAUAUGGCGGUGUCAAAUUGUUGGCUGGAAUAUAUAAAUGAUGCAAAUGAGUUGAAGAUUCCUAAAAACAGACAACUUGCUUUAUUGGAUUUUAAAAGCAGUCUUGCCGAAGAACUUAUUCUUGUUGGCCGACCUACCCCACCAAGAAAACGCGGCCGUCCAUCAUCAGCAUCGCCUAGUGUUUCAAAUGUUGACAUGUAUGAUAUAUCGCCCAAAUGCGCCAAAUCUUUGGAAUUUAGACCUUUGCUAGCUGUCAGCCAAGACCAGACAUCACACUACCCAAAAUAUGAUGGAAAGAAAGAGGCGACCCGUUGUAAAGAAAACAAAUGCACAGGUAAAACUCAUGUAGUAUGCAGAAAGUGUAACAUUCAUUUAUGCUUUACGCCAAAAAAAGACUGUUUCUAUAACUUCCACAAUAAAAUAUAG